AUGGAACAUACUUUGCUCGUUUACACUGGGGCAUUCACUGGGCAUACAGUAGUGGGUGAGCCCUACAAGAGGGCCAUAUGUUACGAGGAUGGCAAGAACAUGAGGAAUUUCCUCGAUCUUGUGGAGAUAGACUUCGACGAACGGGGGUUGGACGCUCGACAUUGGGGAGAAGAACUAAGACGAUAUCUGAGGGGCGAUGCUUUGGGUUACUGGUUGUACUUGCGACGCACAGGGGCACCACUGAGUGAUUGGGAAAUCCUGAGACAGCAGUUCUGUGCCAGAUUUUGUAAUAUAACUAAGGAGAGAAUGAAAGUGAUGAUGGCAGAGAAUGUGUGGCGAGGUGACCACACUGCUUACUCUUCGCGUUUUGCAGCCAUAGUUGCACAAGGGGUAUCUAUGGCACCUGACUUGUUGGUGGGUUACUAUUUAGCUAAUCUACCAGAUGACAUAUACCGCGAGGUGACCCGCGGCGGAACGAGGAAAUUCACAGACUGGCAGGACGCUGCGGCAGCGCUGGAUGCUACUGCGGCACCAUGGAAGGAUUCAUGUGAAGAGCGCCUCCGAUUCCAAAGGGACUUAGAGGACGCCAAGCGUAGAUGGGCUCAAGGUGAACGAGAGCAGGGUCUACAGAGAGAACGGGCAAGCAAGAGUGUUAGGGGUAAUGCUAAUAUGGGAUCCCUGUGUUACGAGUGCAGAGGAAAGGGGCAUGUGAGCAGGGACUGUCCACUCCGCAUAGGCGUGACACGACGGAAUGGGGAAAUGUGUUCCAGAUGUGGGGGAUGGGAUCACUACGCUAGAGACUGUCCUACGCCGGCUCGGCCUAGAGAGGAGCCCGUAAGGCAGCCCAGACAGCAGCAAGCGCGUUCUCAAGGGGAACAAAUCGAGGCAUUUAAACGAGCGGGCCUAGUCGUUAAAGGAGACGAACGGACUAGGCUACCUAUGAGGGGUACAGGUACAAUGUGCACCGUAGCGACGGGGCCUAACCCCAUCCCAGUCUCCCCAGAUUGGAGCAAGAAGUUGCCUGGUAGAGAGCCGUAG